UUUGGUAACAAGGACCAACAAAACAAAUGGAUCUGAAAGAGAAGCUUCCGGUCAACGUAAGAGACGACAAGAUAAGCGAAGAAACCAAGAGUUUGAUCUCUUCUCUUCCUUCACACACAGAUUCCCAUGGGAACAAGAUGUGUAGGUUUCAAGGAUGUUGGUAUUACUACAACACUCUCCAAGGCGUUCUUAAUUUCCAGCGAGGUUUUCAACCGCAAGACACGGAUAUAAUCCUUGCUUCCUACCCCAAAUCAGGCACCACUUGGCUCAAGGCCCUCACAGUCGCCCUCCUCGAGAGAUCAAAGAACCAUUCCUCUGAUCAUCAUCCUCUACUAUCUCAUAAUCCUCAGAGGAUUGUACCAUACUUUGAGCUCGGUUUAUAUAUUGAAAGCUCGAGUCCUGACCUGACCAAGUACUCAUCAGUUCCGAGGCUGUUCUCGACUCACAUGCCACUGGACGCGAUGCACGAGACCCUCAAGGACUCUCCUUGCAAGAUUGUGUACGUGUGCAGGAACGUAAAGGACACAUUGGUCUCAUGGUGGUAAUACACAUGGUUACUAUGAAAAGCCGCGCGAGAAGUGGGAUUAGUGGAUCUGUGGAUGGUCUUAAUACCAAACAUUCGGAUUUUCAAAUCCAUUCAAACAUGUGGUUUUUUUUAUAGAUGUCACUCUAAAUAUCAUUUGAACAAAGAUCCGAGGGUCUUUCUCUAAUAUUCUAAAGAUAGAACAUGCAUU